CGGCCCGCGAAGGCUAACCCCGGGAUACCCCUCGGGAGGGUAACUCCGCUUUACGGUCUGGAUCGCCCCAUUACACAAUUAUCCUGACUAAUACUCGCCACAUUAAUCUCGUCGCGAAGAUGUCCGGCACCGACCCCCUAAACCUCCAAUUCUGGAUAGCUUGCUUGCCCUUCCCCCGAAGUUGCGAUUCUUCCUAUAUAAGCCGUGCCUUUCUCCGUAGUCUCUGGAUCGUAGCAAUUGAACCAAUUCACAUUUAAACACAAAUAUUAUCAAAAUGGUUAAAGCUGUUGCUGUUGUCCGUGGUGACGCUAAGGUCGCCGGUAUCGUUACCUUUGAACAAGUUUCUGAGAACGAACCAACCACCAUCUCCUGGGAAAUCACCGGGAACGAUCCAAACGCCUUGAGAGGGUUCCAUGUCCACGAGUUCGGUGACAACACCAAUGGUUGCACCUCUGCCGGCCCCCACUUCAACCCAUUCAAGAAGAAUCACGGUGCUCCAGAAGAUGACGAGAGGCACGUCGGUGACUUGGGUAACAUAACCACAGACUCUAAGGGUGUUGCCAAGGGUGUCAAACAGGACACCUACAUUAAGUUGAUCGGUGCUAACUCCAUUUUGGGAAGAACCGUCGUCGUCCACGCGGGUACCGACGAUUUAGGUAAGGGUGGCCACGAAGACUCCUUGAAGACUGGUAACGCUGGUGGCAGACCAGCCUGCGGUGUCAUUGGUAUCUCAGCUUAACUAGACCGCCCCUCUAAGAUAUGAUUAAGGUACCAGCGCCCGCAACUCACAAAGGUUGCUCCUUUUCACGAAUUUAUCAUAACGUCUAAAUGCCUUGGUGUGUAGCAACAAUUGCAAUGUAGAAUGGCAAUGCAAGUGGCAUUGACCUUUGAUGAGGCAGUGGUUGCGGAAGUUAUACAAUCUGUUAUUAUCAAAUGCGUGUAUAAAACUCCCUAACUUUUUGCACUAUGACUUCUCCGAUAUAGUGUAACGGCUAGCACGGUUCGCUUUCACCGAGCAAACCCGGGUUCGACUCCCGGUAUCGGAGUUCCUUGUUUUUUGU